AUGAUGGUGCACUGUGCCGGCUGCGAGCGGCCCAUCCUCGACCGCUUUCUGCUGAACGUGCUGGACCGCGCGUGGCACAUCAAAUGCGUUCAGUGCUGCGAGUGCAAGACCAACCUCUCGGAGAAGUGCUUCUCGCGCGAGGGCAAGCUCUACUGCAAAAAUGACUUCUUCAGGCGCUUCGGCACGAAGUGCGCGGGCUGCGCGCAAGGCAUCUCGCCCAGCGACCUGGUGCGCAAGGCCCGCAGCAAAGUCUUCCACCUCAACUGCUUCACCUGCAUGGUGUGCAACAAGCAGCUGUCCACGGGCGAGGAGCUCUACGUCAUCGACGAGAACAAGUUCGUGUGCAAGGAGGACUACCUGAGCUCGUCCAGCCUCAAGGAGGGGAGCCUCAACUCAGUGUCGUCCUGUACGGACCGCAGUUUGUCCCCGGACCUCCAGGACCCACUCCAGGACGACCCCAAGGAGACGGACAACUCCACGUCGUCGGACAAGGAGACGGCCAACAACGAGAACGAGGAGCAGAACUCGGGCACCAAGCGGCGCGGCCCGCGCACCACCAUCAAAGCCAAGCAGCUGGAGACGCUCAAGGCCGCCUUCGCCGCCACACCCAAACCCACGCGCCACAUCCGCGAGCAGCUGGCGCAGGAGACGGGUCUCAACAUGCGUGUCAUCCAGGUGUGGUUCCAGAACCGGCGGUCCAAAGAGCGCAGGAUGAAACAGCUGAGCGCACUGGGCGCCCGGAGACACGCCUUCUUCCGGAGUCCGAGGCGCAUGCGUCCGCUGGGUGGCCGCUUAGACGAGUCUGAAAUGUUGGGGUCCACUCCGUACACCUACUAUGGAGACUACCAAGGCGACUACUACGCGCCAGGAGGCAACUAUGACUUCUUUGCACACGGCCCGCCGUCACAGGCGCAGUCCCCGGCUGACUCCAGCUUCUUGGCCGCCUCCGGGCCUGGCUCGACGCCGCUGGGUGCCCUGGAGCCGCCGCUGGCGGGGCCGCACGCUGCCGACAACCCCAGGUUCACCGACAUGAUCUCGCACCCGGACACGCCGAGCCCCGAGCCGGGCCUGCCGGGUGCGCUGCACCCCCUGCCCGGCGAGGUGUUCAGCGGGGGACCCAGCCCGCCUUUCCCCAUGAGCGGCGCCAGCGGCUACAGCGGACCCCUGUCGCACCCCAACCCGGAGCUCAACGAGGCCGCUGUGUGGUAA